CUGGCUCCGGCCAAUGAUUGCUAACCGAUUUCUCGUUAGCUCGAAUGGAAAUGUCCGUCUCUGUCUGAUUUUUUAUUUGUUGUCUGAGUGAAUGAGGGCUGCUCAUCAGGAAGUAACGUUAUCCAGCGGGCUAAACUUUACAAACGACUAUUAAAGAUUUCGGCCCCGGCCACGUCUGGAUCCUCUGUGUACGACAAAGAACAGGCCGACACGAGAUGUGCAGGCGCGAGCUGCAGUGGAUUUACAAUGAAAAUGUAUUCAGGGGACGCUUUGUACCUGAAUAGGUUAACUACAGAAGAUGGACGGAGACAGCUCGACCACCGACGCCUCCCAGUUGGGCAUCACUGGAGAGUACAUGGCAUCCGGUCACUACGUCCUCCAGUCUCAAGAUGAUGAUGGAGAGGAGAAUCUGAAUGACCAUGAUGAGAGCGGCAUCAAAGAGAACUUCAGGGAGCAGGACAUCUAUCUUCCUAUUGCCAAUGUGGCUCGCAUCAUGAAGAAUGCUGUUCCUCAGACUGGAAAGAUUGCAAAAGAUGCCAAGGAGUGUGUGCAGGAGUGUGUGAGUGAGUUCAUCAGCUUCAUCACGUCAGAGGCGAGCGAGCGCUGCCACCAGGAGAAGAGGAAGACCAUCAACGGGGAGGACAUCCUGUUCGCCAUGUCCACGCUGGGCUUCGACAUGUACGUGGAGCCGCUGAAGCUUUACCUGCAAAAGUUCAGAGAGGCCAUGAAGGGAGAGAAGGGGAUUCCUGGAGUGGCGGUGGGAGAAGGCCUGGGAGAUGAACUCACAGACGAUAGCUUCACAAAUCCACUGCCAGCUGGGAUCAUCACAGCAGACGGCCAGCAGCAAAACGUCAUGGUGUACACCACCUCAUAUCAACAGAUUCCCACUGUACAGCAGAUCCAGUUUUCAUGAUGAGGCUGAAUGCAGUGGCUUCUUACCAGGCCUGUGCUCACCAGAUGACCUCUGACCCUGAAGGUUAUCAGACGGAAAGGGAGAAGGGCUGACAGAAACCCUCAUGUACAGAGAAAUCACUACCUGUUGAGUAGAAAGUGUAGUUCCUAGUUGUGAGGUACCAAUUGUUUUGGAGUGCAUCCAAACCAGCUUGGAAAUGAAGGCUUUAUUUUAAAGGCUAGUCUUAUUACAUGAUUUAGUGGUGGAAUUCUGUCUGUGCGUUAAUGUGUUUGCUUUUAUGCAUUUAUGGCUUUUGGGGGGGGUUGAUUCGGAUGUUUGUUUUUCAAGACCUUCUCUGUUUGAACGGAGAGACGCCACAUUGUUACUGUCACAUCGGAUCAUGCAGCUCUUUUGUAAGUUAACACAAUUUACCAUGUGCUUUAAUGUUAUGUCAAUCCUUUGAAUAAAAAUUCAAAAGUGA